UGCUAGCGAAGGCUAUACACGUGUAUUCCUCUGACUCCAGCCAUUUGUAAUAUCAUAUGUUUUUGAUUCAGACUUAUAUCCCUGUCGUCGUCCUUGCACACACAUUCGUCACUGAAAUUUACAUCGUGCGUCCGUUUUAUCCAUACAAAUAAACACGUGGGGUCACAACUUAUUGCCUGAACUUGUCCUGCAGUUUUUCCAGUAUCUUCAGAUACAAUGACUCUAAAGAGAUCAUCAAAGAAGAAAGUAUAUGCGUUUUUUCCUCGGCUACCGCCGUAAGCUUGCGGGCCGACAGCUGUGAAAUGGUCGGUGAGUAAAUACUAAACAAUUUGGACAACGUAGAACUUCUGUUCUCACUGUGAGACUCGUCAUACCGGGAGCAAUAUCGGCUCUGGGCACUGGCGAUGAAACACCUCAAUCAUUAUCUCGAAAUAGGUUGCCGUUUGGUCGGUGCAUUUGACGGUGAUACAGUAUCCAGCGGCGUUUCACCGUCACGAAAGUGGCAACUGUAAAUCAUUGAUCAUUUUGCAGGUCCUCAUUCAGUUUCAUUGAAACUAGAACAAAAGAAAUAGAAUAUAUUCGCUCAUGUUGUGCACACCUCAUGCAAUGGCCGAACGCGCGUCACCAACGCUAUUCGCUGCGAGUCUAGUGACCUCGGUGGUAUUGGAAGCGUAGAAAUCACGAGAAAUGAAGCAUCUGGUCCCUAAUGAAGAGUUCUUUUAGGUGCUAGCACAGUUAGCGAUGCUGUGGCAAAAAAAGAUACCCGCACUUCACAUGUAAACAUAGCUGGCUACCCGGCGGCUAUCACACAAGGUACUUUCUCCGGAGGCCGCAUCGCGGCGCCACCAGUUUGUCGCACAGUCCCUAUAGUAGCGAUGGUAGCGAGUAGCCAAGCCCGGCCAAGCCAGUGCUAGUGCUCUAGUCCUAUCGCUUGGGCUCGAAAGCAGCGGAAGUUUUUGAACGUGGUUUCAAGGCUCGAGUUCACACGGUGGUUCGAUAUUAAAUGAACGAGUGGUCAAAAUGGACUUCGUUGCUAUUCACCACGAAUUAAUCUCCCAGAUACUUUCAGAUCUGAAACGUGAAUUCAGAGAGAAGAAAUCGAUAUCAAGGACCACAUUCGGAGAGUUGGAAAGUGUGUUUCAUGGCCAGUUGCAGUCUGCCCUGGCGAUUAUCGACAGAAGGCGUGUAAAAAAGGUGACGUGCACAAAGGGCAGAGUGGUUUUCCAGAUUGUGGGAGCAACGAGAGAGGUUUAUACCUGCCUACCGACUAGCAACUUCUGUUGUUGCUAUUCGUACCUUCAUCAAGUGAUCCGGAAACAAGAAGUGCCCAUGUGCAAGCACGUCCUCGCAGCACGUUUGGCUGAAGCCCUUGGCAUCUAUGACAGUGUACAGUGCUCCGAUGAAACGCUCGCACUGAUGCUUAAGAGCAUGAUGUCUUCAUAGGAGUUAUUUUUUUCUUUUUUGCCUCAUUGUAAUAUUUGAAGAGGGCUGUAAAAUACAAGCAAUCUGGUGUACCGAUGUAGAUGGUGACAUUUCCUUGAGCUUGAGGAGCGGAACACAGUGACACAGAACUGGACAGGAUGAGACAAGAGAGACAAGGCUCAGACAGGACUGUGUCACCUUCUGCAUGAUAAUAUUUAUUGAAAGCAUGAAAGUGCAAAUAAUUUUAAGACUAAGCUUUUAAGCUUAUUAGUCGAUCGAGGCCCCUCUGUAAGACUGGAGAGGUGCACAUACAGUAGACUUGUUUUCCGUAUUAUGACCAUUCUGACCAUUUUUCCUCGCUGUAAUACUGUAUUUGCAAACGAGAACAGUAUAUUAAAAAUAUACUAAUUGUU